AUGGGAUCCGCGCUGAGUGCGCCAAGCGCCGCGGGCGGGGAAGCGGACGCCGCAAACGAUAACGGGGCAGGAAACGAAAAUGCGAGGACCCCAUUUUUCCAGAAACUUAUCUCCAUAAUUGUGCAAAUGCUAAUCAUGCACAUGGUGAUGUAUUUCAUAUCUGGAGGGAAAAACAAAACGGGAUCAAAAAAUGGAAGUAAAAUAGAAGGGCACAAUUUAACACUAAGCAAUAGCCUAGAACAUGGGGACAUAUUUGACCUCUACGUAUUUCUCAGUGACAACCAUUCACUGGAUUAUGAAUACAUAAGAAAGAAGAGUAAAAUGAUACAAGUUAGGGAGAAGGAAUUAUAUACAUAUAAAAAGUUCAGCAAAUAUGACCCGACUAACUUUAGCUUUACGUUAAAUGAUUCGUGGAAGGGAGAAAAGUACCUCAGCGUCAUUAUGAUCCCCCUGCACUUUUAUAAAAAUCGUAAUGCUUCUGCUCUACUGAGUAGCACAAUAAAGGACGAAUUAAAGAAACAGAUUUUAAUUGAGAACAUCCCACUGACGGUCAAAAUGAAGCCUUUCGAAUCGGAGGAAAAUGAGAAAUAUAAUUUGAUGGACGAGAGUUACAAAAAUAAGAAAAGAAGGAUAAAAGAGAAAGAAGAGAAGAAAGGAGAAAAAACAAAAAAAGAAGAAUUCUAUCACAUAAAAAAGAGAAUAGAUAUUAACAUUAUUUAUGAUCAAGCGAAACAUCGAAUUAGCGAAUUUAAUAUGCCUCAUUUGAAGAGGUGGAAAAUUAAUGUACACAACACUACGUACACUCCUCCAAUAUUUCUGUCCGAUUUUUGGUUGCUAGAAACAGAUUACUACGUAUUGGAUCGAACCUUUUUAAAAGAUAAGGACAAAAGGACAAGUUACAUCUCGGUGUACGAUCCAUAUAGGAUAACACAAAGUGAGAAAGAUAUUCAUUCACACGUGAUAGAAAAGAAUGCUGACGAAAAUAAGGUCGUACAAAUUGAAAUAAAUUACGGCACAUGCAGUUUUAUGUAUUAUAUGUUCAUAAAACAGAUGGAUACAUCGAUACAGAUGAUGGACAAGAAUAAGGAAACCUUUUCUUUCCAAAAUUUAACAAACGCAACAGCUACAAAAGAAAUUAACAUGAUGAAGAAAAUUAUAAUGACUACAAAUAUUUACAUGUUGAUUUUCUCUGCUGUCUUCAUUUUUCUCCAUUCCAUAUUCUCCUUUUUCGCCUUCAAAAAUGAUAUGCAAUUUUGGUACCAAAAUGAGUCCAUGGAGGGAUUGUCAGCUCUUAGCGUUAUAACCACAUUCGUGUGCGACAUAAUAUUAGCGUUGUAUUUAUACGACUCGGAGAGCACAUCCUGGUUACUCCUAUUCGAGAUGUUUGUCGGAGUAGCACUCUCUGCGUGGAAAGUUACCAAGGCGGUGCAUGUAUCCUUUAGUAAAUCCUAUCCCUAUAUCAUAAUGAAAGACAAAAAAAACUACACAGAAUCGAUGACCAAGAAGUAUGACAAAAUUGCAGUGAAAUAUGUUGGAAUCAUUCUCAUCCCUUGCUUCAUUGGCUAUGCUAUUUAUUCUCUCUUCUACUAUAAGUACAAAUCUUGGUACUCCUAUAUCAUCUCCGUGCUUGCUGGAACGGUUUAUACCUUUGGCUUUAUUAUGAUGACCCCACAGCUGUACAUAAAUUAUAAGUUAAAAUCUGUUGAGCACUUGCCAUGGAAGGCUCUCAUUUACAAGUCGCUAAACACCUUCAUCGAUGACAUUGCCUUUUUCCUAAUUGACAUGCCCUGGAUGCACAAGCUUUCUUGCUUUCGAGACGACGUUAUAUUUUUGUGCUACAUAUACCAGAGGUGCAUCUAUAAGGUCGACAAGAAUCGCCGCAAGCACCUGGCCCAGGGGCAGAACCAGCUGGUGACUCAGUCCCCGCCGGGCGACAAGAAGAAUGACUAG